UUCACACGAUCACCAGGAAGCCUAUGUCUUGGCAUGAUAAUAUAGAAGAGCCGGCAGAUGCCAAGUUUCUGAAUCUUAUUCACCACGCAGCGCUGGAGCCAACAAAGAAAUAUUCCGAGCCACAAACUGAAAGCCAAGAAAUUGGCUGGAACACAACACCUUUGAUUGACGUGGACCGUACUGAUUGCAGACUCUACUUCCCACGCCGGAGAACCGAGAUCACUAAGUAA